AUGGCGCCUCCCGCCCAACUUCCCCGCGUCCGCUCUUCAGAGGCGUCAAUAGAGAAGGGCCGCAUGGCCUACGCCGACCAACGCUUCCGCGUCGCCCUCGAGCACUUCACCCUCGUCGCCGGGAACUGCCUCUGCUCGAAUCCCCGUGGUAGCGGCCCGGGGAGCUCCCAGGGGACCGGGUCGGGGGCCGACCACCAACAGCGCCGCCGGCGAGAGAGGUGUACCUGCCGAGACUUUGGUCGGGCCGCGGCUCGGCACACCCGCGAGAGGGGCAGCGUCUACGCCGAGGCCACCAAGGAGUGCAAGUGUGGCGCCGAGAAGACGUGGGGCCGCUGUCACCGCGAGAGUCACGUCCAGGCGCUCGACUACCGCGCCGCCUGCUUCGAGAAGAUGGGGAACCUGGACAAGGCGAGGAGAGAUGCCGAGUGGCUGUUGGAGAUCGCGCCGCGGAGGCUAGAGGGCUACAUGAGGCUGGGCAAGAUUUACAGGCUCGAGAAGAAGCCAGAGAUGGCGUGGGCCGCGUGGUGUGCCGGCCUCGAGGUCGGCCAGAAAGAGGGGCUUAUCGGCACGCCCAAGUACGAGCAACUCCGCAAGAUACGGGGACCGCUACAUAAGCACUUUUGUCGGAGGGAUCCUCUCGAGCUGCCAACCGAGCUGGUCGAAAAGAUCUUUUCCUAUUUCGAGUUCCACGAGUUAUGCCGAGUAUCGGGAGUUUGCAAACGAUGGGACCACUUCCUCGACACCCACCCGUACAUCUGGCGCGAGGUCCACUUCCCGACCCUGAACCCUCAGAAGCCGCCCAAAGUUUCGUUUCUCAAGACGCUGCGGAAGCGCACCGGCGGCGGUGCCCGCAGCCUCGUCAUCCCCAACGCCCACUCCUUCCAGCUCAACGAGAGCAAGUGGCUGUCGCUCAUCCAGACGACGAACCCGCAGAUGACGACCCGCCUCGAGAUCGGCUACAUCAAGCGCAACUUGGACAACGGCGGCUGGGGCUACCAUCUGCCGCCGAAGCCGGCCUUCUUCCAGGGCGUCAAGGAGUUGCGGUUCAGCUUCGACGAGCCCACUAGGCCGGCGUACCACGGCCGCGGCGGCCCGCAGAAUUUCGUCUGGCAGUUUGUCCAGCGGGCGCGCGAAAACCUCGAGGACAUACUGCUCUUCGGCAUGUAUCUGCAAGACCUGGAAUGGCCCGAGCUGCCUCGCCUGAAGGUGCUGCAGUUGACCGGGCCUCUCAAGUCGCUGAUGAACCAACUCACGCCCGAACGGCGGAUCAACCCUUUCGCCCUCGCCCGGGCCACACCGAACCUGGAGCAACUGUACAUGGACAACUUUGGCGUCUUCACCGGCCUCGAGUCCCUGUCGCCGCCCGACGACUGCUGGUCCCUGUGGACGCGCCUGCAGGUGAUCAAGCUCGGCAGGGCCUGCGGCGCCCUCUCCACGGGCGACAAGCGCCACUUCCCGCCCCUCCACCCGUCCUCCUUCCGCGUCCUCGACGCCCGCGCCGUCCACCAGGGCAACCACGGCGACUGGCUCCCGCAGCAGCUCCCGCUCGACUACUCGGGCUACCCGGCCGCCACGGGGCCCGACUCGUCGGCGCCCCUGGUCACGUACCCCAACCUCGAGCGGCUGUGGAUGCCGCGCCUGCCGCUGAGCGUCGACCUGGCCACCGACCCGGGCCGCUUCUUCCCCGGCGCGCUGGGCUGGCUGCGCGGCGCGCCGUCGGUGCGCACCUUUGGCUUCUUCAACUUCGACUUCGAGUCCCACGCCGCGCUGACGCGGGACCCGGCCCACCGCGCCGUCGACCCGACCGACCUGCUGUUCGAGUUCCUCGAGGCCUUCCCGAACCUCGAGGUCCUCGAGCUGCACUCGGAGCUGUGCGAGCCGCGCCGCAUCGCCGCCGUCAUCGAGCGCGUCGCGCGCCUCGGCCGCCUGCGCCGCGUACACCAGAGCGCGCUGACGGGCGUGCCGAUGGACCAGCUUCGGGCGUCCUGCGAGGCCCACGGCGUCGAGCUGGUCUACGGGGGCUGGGACCCCCUGUUCCCCGUGCCGCUGGAGCCUCUGGACCCCGUGGAGCCGGUUGAGGCCUGA